GCCUACAACAUGGCGAACGCCUCAGAGACUCAGACGACUGUUUGUUCGUCAUCAAACGUCACCAACAUGUCAACCGCGGAAUGUUUCAACAUGUCAGACGUGCAGGGCAACGGAUCGGGGACAAACGCGACCACCUUUUCACUGCCGUACCCGCUGCCAGUGUUCGACUACCCCGCGAAAGUGCGCGUCAUCGUCACGUUCGUGCUGUGUGUCGCCUCCCUCGGCGGCAAUCUGCUGGUCUUCAUCACGAUGUUCCGAAAUCGCGCCAGGAAGUCUCGCGUGAACCUGCUCAUCAUGCACCUGGCCGUGGCCGACAUCUUCAUGACGUUAAUCGUGAUGCCGCUAGAUGGCGUCUGGAACCUCACGGUACAGUGGUACGCCGGGGACGCCGCCUGCCGCAUCCUGCAGUUCCUCAAGUUGUGGGCGCUGUACGCGUCUACCUUCAUCCUGGUGGUCAUCAGCAUUGACCGCUGUAUGGCCAUCCUGCGUCCUCUCAGUUCGGCCAAUGGGUACAAAAGGGGCAAGAUCAUGGUCGGCAUCGCCUGGGGAGCCGGGGCGAUCCUCAGCACACCCCAGGCCGUCAUCUGGCACCUGAUCCACGUGCACCCGACGCCGAUCGUCACCUUCGUCCAGUGCUCCACACACGGCUUCUACACAGACGACUGGCAGGAGCAGUUUUACAACGCAUGCGUCUUCUUCCUGGUCUUCAUCCUGCCGCUCGCCAUCAUGAUCACGUGUUACCUCCUGAUUCUGGUGAAAAUCACCCGCAAGUACCGCGAACUCACAGAUCCGUCAGCCAACCAGGACAACAUCCUGCGCCAUUCCGGGAGUGCCCGCAUGGCCAAGGCCAAGGACAGAACCUGGCUGAUGACCUUCGUCAUCGUGUCGGCCUUCGUCAUCAACUGGACGCCGUAUUACGUCAUCUCCAUCUGGUACCUGGUGGACAAGUCCAUGGUGCACUACAUCUCCAAGUCCGCCAGCCACACCCUCUUCAUCUUCGGCCUGACCAACCCCUGCCUCGACCCGCUCAUCUACGGCCUGUUCUCCAUCAACUUCUCGCGAGAGUUCCGGCGGUGCUGCGGCUGGCUGAAGCGGCGGGACCUGGCCAGCGACAGUACCUACACCAUGCUCACCGUGGUCGGGCGCCAGGGGGACACGGCGGGGACCCGGAUGACGGCGUCGGCCAGCGCGCAGUAUGUCAGCACCGCCACCUGCUGAGUCAUUCCGUCAUUUUCAGAGAAACUUUCUGUUGUUUUUGUUGGAUUUUCGAACU